UUUCUCGCCACAUAAUUUUACAUGGAGACCUGUCAAUGAGCCCUUAGAUUUCGCUUUGAAGCCCGCAAGGCAAGAGUAGUUUCAUAUCUGGAAAAAUAAAAUUAGAGGAAAAGCUCUCCGAACUGGUUAGCCGUAAUGACGACCGCUGGGAUUUGUUGAUUGGUUCGCUUCAUCACCAUUCUUCCCGGCCAACAUGGCUGCUAACAACGAUGUGGAUAAGAGAGAAAAACAGUCUCCAAAAUUAGUUGUUGCAAUGGCUGAUUUCGUCGCAGAAGAUAACACUCAAUUGAGCUUCAACGAAGGUGACGAAAUGACUAUUUUAAGCGAGAGUUCCAGUGUUUGGUGGUGGGCCGAACUAGAUGAAAUAUGUGGAUAUGUUCCGGUGUCCUAUGUGGUACCUGUUUCUGAGUACCUAUCUCGGCACACACAGAAUCACGAUUGGCAGGAUGAAGAGUACUUUGGAGCAUACGGCAAAGUGAAAAUCCACCUUGAGAUGUUAAGCGAUCAUCCAAGAACUCUUGCUUAUCGAAACGCCAUCCAAAAGCAUCGAGAUGUUUUCAUUGGAAAAACUGUCUUAGAUGUUGGAUGUGGUUCAGGGAUUCUGAGCUUGUUUUGUGCUAAAGAUGGAAAGGCAAGUAAAGUUUACGCUGUGGAUGGAAGUGUAGAUAUCGGGGAACUGACCAAAGAACUCGUUGAAAGAAACGAUUUACACAAGAUAAUCACCGUUAUCACAGGAAAGAUUGAAGAAAUUGAGUUACCAGAGAAAGUUGACAUUAUUAUCUCUGAGUGGAUGGGUACGUUCCUUGUUUUCGAGUUUAUGAUCGACACAGUGCUGUAUGCACGAGACAGAUGGUUGAAGCCUGAUGGUGUGAUAUGGCCUUCAAAUGCAAAGUUAUUUGUUGUACCUUGUUGUGCAGAAGAAGCUUAUAAAGAGAAAGUUACUGCAUGGAACAAUCAAUAUGGUUUUGAUUUUUCUCCUUUUCUUAACAGAGCUAAGACAGAAGUUCUUAACAGACCUUUGCAUAACCAUGAGCUUGACCCAAGGGACUGCUUGUCUCAAGGAGCAGUUCUUUUGGAUAUUGACAUGUCCACGUUUGUGAAGGAAAAUCUUGAACUGAUGUCGGAAAAUUUUGAGUUUGUGAUUAGUAAGGAAGGUACAUUACAUGGGCUGUGUUCAUGGUUCAGUGUAACUUUUGGAGGGAUACCCAUCACAGAUACAUCAGAAUGUGUGAUACUGUCAACAGCACCUGAUCAAGAACAAACUCACUGGAAACAAAAUCUUUUUCUACUAGAAGAGCCAGUGACUGUUCAUGUUGGUAAUUUUAUUGAAGGUUCUGCCACCUUGAGGCGAAAUCCUAAAUAUAGACGGCAUAUGAAUGUCACUUUUGAAUUUAAUAUUUUUACUAGUGAUUCAAAAGGAGAAAUUGUUUAUAGCAAUAAGAAAAAAUAUUUUAUUUGGAGAUAGCAGAUUUUAGUAUGUCUUGAGAGAGUUAAGUAUCUCCAUGCUAUAUAAGCCUAAUGUAAGAAGAAAAAAAAUCCUGAAUAACAAAAACUACUUAGUAGCAGAUGUUUAAAGCAGAUUUUGGACACCAGGACAGUUUUUCAAUCAAACACAUAAAGGUUUAUUAAGUAAAAUUCUUCAUACAGUUUUCUAUUAAAAGAAGAGAUAAAUUGAUACUGUUGACAGUUGUAUUAGUAAGGAUUGGUAAGGUCUCGCAUUAGGUCGGCCAGUCGUUCUGAAGCUUGAACUGUCAGCUUAUGUUUUGCUCCCAGCUGAGAUCUAUAAGCUUGUAAAAUAACAAAUUCAUUUUACAAUAUUAACCUAUGCAUUAAGAAAGUAACUUGAAAUGUAAAAGUAUGUGAAAAAGGUUGUUACUUGUAAGUGUUAUGUACACUCAAAUCAUGAAAAAUUUCCAAAUCCUUUCUUUUAGCUAUGUGACAGGCAAGAUUGUACUCUGGAAUUGAAUUCCAGCCAUCCUUAGGGGUAUGUGGUCGGGACUAGAUGCCAAACCUCUCAUUUUACAGAUAAAGGGCACAAUAUGCUGGCAUAGAACUUGAAUUCUGCAUGUUUUUUUGAUAAUAUGUUUUAGUAAUAUCUGGUAAAAUUUCCAGUACCUUGAGCUGUUCUCAGUACAAUAGGAUAAGCCUCUUCCUGGAUACUGAUCAAUAAAGACCUUGGAAGCUAAAAUAAUAAUAUUUCAGUCCGGCAUUUGCUACAAUACAACAAUCAUUUCUUAUACAUUUAAUCACAGGGAAUGAUACAAUUUUUUCCUUUAAUUGCUUCCAUUUGAUCAGUAAUCUCCAGCACCUACCUCAGUUUUGAUUCGGUCAGCUGCUCUAUCCAUAAAUUCUUGGUGCUUGGCAUCCUGAAAUAGUAAAAACAAUUCAAGAACUUUAUCUUGCCUGAAAAAAGAAACAUUUAGGACAUUACAUUUUUACCUUAAACUUAUGGCAAGGAGGCCUUAUACCACAAGU